GGGAUACCGUACACUAUGCUUUGCAUAUCGAGUUCUUGAGAAGAAUUUUUACGACGACUGGGCCAAAAACUAUCGGAAAACUAUUGACAUUGAAAACGAUAUGACUUUGAUUGGAGUGGCAGCUUUAGAAGAUAUCUUGCAAGAAUUGAAUUAUGCUGAAGAUGUUCCUGAAACAAUUCAGUCACUACUGAAUGCGAAAAUUCGCGUCUGGAUGAUAACAGGAGAUAAAGCCGAAACUGCCAUCAGCUGCGCUCGCUCCUCUAAUUUCUUUCCGGAAGAAGCUGAGGAGCGUCUGUUAAAAUCUGUUGACGAAAUCAAAGGCUUACUGAGUGAAUUUGAAGAAAUAGCAAAACCAAAAAAAUAUAGUUCAAUCUCAUUAGUCAACAUGACGGUGACGUUUGUCAGCUGCUACUGUUGUCUGAAACCUGAAAAAACAACAAACAACUGGGGAAAAGAAUUUAUUCUCACUGUUGAAGGAGAACGGUUACUGUUUUUUCACGGAGCUUGCAACCUUGAGCGUACUUCAAGGGUAGCUUAUAGUGCUCUGCUAUUAUUUUUGGCUAUACUCCAUUGUUUCCAUAGAAGCAUUUGUUUUUAUCUGAUCCAAAUGUGGUUUGCGUUUUUUUCCGCUUUUUCUUGUCAAACCGUUUUUGAUCAGACAAGUGUUAUUCUAUUUAAUUUGUUAUUCACUGUAUUGCCACCGAUUAUGAUCGGCAUUUUCGAGAAGGCAACUGAUCAAAAGUUCGUUGAUCCUAUGGAAUAUAAUGCUUUGCAAAAAAAAGCAUUUACAAUCACCAUCUGGCCAAAUAUUAAAUGGGGGGCUGAAAUGUGCGGAGUGGCUUCCAUAAUGUUCUCGUCACCAAGCUUUUGGUUAGCUUGCGCUUUAGUGCCUAUUACAACGCUUUUUUUCGAUUUCAUGUGGAAAGUGUAA